CAGGAGGGUAGGGAGGCGAGUGGUUGGUGUUGAGUGUAAACAAUUCAUCACACACUGUCUCUGAUUGGAGGAGCCUAAUGAUGUGGUUAUAACUCAAAAACAUCUUAUAAGUCAGAAGAACUGUCAACAUGCCCUUAAAUCUGUUAAGCCGCAGUUUCUCACCAGGGAAAUCUCCUCCCAGAAGAUCGGUGUCACUUUCAAGUCUAAGAAGAGAAUCUGACAAGGUUGGCCAAGAUCUGUCUCAUGAUUUCAGCAAGAUUAGGCUAAACAUUGGUGGACAAAAUGCAACAUUUGAAGAUGGAGAAUGGGUGUCAGAAGGGGGAUCAAAAGGUCGUGUAAGUAGCCGUGAGGUCGCACGACUUCGUCAAGAGAACCAGACUCUGCUAGAGGAAAACAACUUGUUGAAACUCAAGGUGGAGCUUCUGCUUGAUAUGAAUACCCACCUUCUUGAGUCUGGAGGAAAAUAGUACUGUCGUGGUUUCAGGAACCAUUGUGAAAAGUACUAUACUGUACAGUACUUCAUUUUUUUCAGCUCACAGAAAAAUCUGCAGAUACUCUAAUCAAAGAUAAGGAGAUCAGCCGGUUGAAAUCAAGAUAAAGAAAUGUCCAGUGAAAUUAGGUGUAAGUUAUACCAGCCAUGCAUUGUGGUGAUGAGUUUGUUUAUAUUCUACUGUCAUAGUACCUGUUUUAAAUGUUUAUAUCCUAACUGGUGCACUUAUGUCAAGUUUUCAGUCUGUAUCUUAUAGUAUUAAGUAUUUUUAUUAAAUACUACAGUACAUACAAAUAUUGGUAAUGAGAGCCUGCCAGACUUGUGAAUGUUCCAGUUUUCUGAACCAGGUCUCACCUAUGACCCUCACCUCCUUGAAACAAUGAGAAUUGUUUAAGUUGAAAUUGUUGAGGAUAUUUAGGUUUAGUUAGUUUAGUGAUGCAUAGUUAUUAAACAGAAUUUUAUAUGACACCAAUUUAUUGUGAGCUAAACUUGUGCACUUAGGUGUUUCCCAGUUAACUCCUGGGCUAUGGCAACUGUCAAUCAGAAUGAGAGAGUAGAGGUACAGGUGGUCCCCCUUAUUUAUUGGAGUUAGGCAUUAAAAAACAGAGACAAAAACAGACUUGAUUAAUAAUAUAAAUAUGGGGGGGAUGUUCCUAUUGGUCGCUAACAUUAUUCAUUUAAUAAUAAGAAGGGGAAACUUCUGUCAUAUCAAAUAAUGUUAUAAGGUCGAGUUAGUUUCCAAUUUGAUGCCACUGUACCUUAUGACUUCCAAACAAAGAAUAGACAAGUCAUUAAAUCAACACUAUGUAGUUUUUGUAAAUUAAGCAAUACCUAAUCUUAGGCAUGGGCAACCCGCAGCCUGCGAAUUGAUUGAGAAAUUCUAUUUAAUGUGGCCCGGGGUUCAGAUAAAUGUAACCAGUUUAUGGUGAGUAAAGCAAUAUUUAUUUAAAGAAUAAUAUUCACACACAAUUCAUUACUGUUUCAUCACCUAAGAGUAAGUAACUUUGAAAAUGUAACAGUGAAAUAAGUACAUAUAGUCAACAAUAUAAAAAUUUUAACUUGUGUGAGUUUGCGGGCCACGUUCGGCACGAUCUGUUUGAUGGAUUAACUGCUAUGUGGCAGUGGGUCACUUGGGAAUUAACUAAGGUUGGGUAAGUCUAAGUGGGGUCACAGGUGGUGGUCACACGGGUCAAAGGUCUCUUCCUUGUUGACAAAUUCUCUCUCUCCAUAGUACCUCAUCCUUCAUGCCUGGCUCUCUGUUCUAUCUAUUUAUUCUUGUAUAAUUAGGUCUCUCCAUGGGCAUAUACUGUGUGAAUAUAUAGUAUAUAUAUACGUAUAUAUUGUAAAAUAAAUAGAUGUGCCUA